CCGGCGCUGCUGUCCCGUGGCCAGCUGGACACAAAACCACCAUCCGCAGCCUCUCACCCAGCCCGGAAAAACACUAAUGUGAGCCGCCUCGCCUUCGAUCCUUCGCGGAUUUCCCCCCCAGCAGCUGCGCGUUGGUGACACUGUAAGCGAAGUUGAGAUGAAUAAAGAGAUCAUGUCACGCGUGGUGAAGAAGAGGCUGGCGGACCCCAAGGUGGUCCAGUAUGUGUGGGCGGCCAUCGAGGUCGUCCGCAACCAGAAACAGAUCGCUAACAUGGACAGGAUCUCCAAGUACCUGAGCCGUGUGUUCAGCAUGCACCCCAAGGAGACCGCCAGGCAGCUGAGCUUGGCGGUGAAGGACGGCCUGGUGGUGGAGACCCUCACUGUCGGCUGCAAAGGCUCCAAGGCCGGCAUCGAGCAGGAGGGAUACUGGUUGCCCGGCGACGAGAUGGAUCCGCGAGCCGAGGGAAACAAGGAGUGGGAGGCGGAGAGCCACGACUGGUACUGCUUCGAGUGCCACCUGCCGGGCGACGUGCUGGCAUGUGACAACUGCUUCCGGGUUUAUCACCUGAAGUGUCUGUCGGAGGAGUUCAAGCCCCGAGACGCAGGCUCCCACUGGCAGUGCGUGGUGUGCAGGGCAUCACAGAGAGACAGGGAAAGAGACAGGCAAGAUGAAAGCAGUGGCCAGACAGGGACAAGCUCUGGACAUGCAGAUGAUCAGGGCAGUAAAAAGAAGAACCUGAACAAACAGGAGAUGAGUAAAUACCUGCGUUUCAUCGUGCAGCGAAUGAAGGAGAGGGCGGUGGACCUGAACAAGAAAGGCAAAGACACCAAACACCCCAUGUACAAACGCCUGAUCCACACGGCGCUGGAAGUGUCAAACAUCCAGGAGAAUCUGUCUGAAGGAAAGUAUAAAACCUUUGAGGAGUUCAAAGCCGAUGCUCAGCUGAUCGUUCACAACACAGCCAUCCUGUACGGAGUUCACAGCGACCAGGCGGAGAUCGCUCGGCUGCUCUUCAGCGACACGUGCCACGAGCUGAAUGAGCUGCUGUUGUGUAAGAACUGCUUCUACCUGUCCAACGCCCGGCCGGACAACUGGUUCUGUUACCCCUGUACCCCCAACCACGACUUGGUUUGGGCCAAGAUGAAAGGAUUCGGUUACUGGCCGGCCAAAGUCCUUCAGAGGGAUGAAAGCCAGGUGGACGUGCGCUUCUUCGGCCACCAGCACCAGAGAGCGUGGAUCCCAGCCGACAACAUCCAGGACAUCAAGGUGAGCGUCCAGCAGCUGCAGGUGAAGCGCAGCAGCGGCUGGAAGAAGGCCUGCGAGGAGCUGGAGGUGUACCAGCGCUUCCUGCGAGAGGGCCGCUUCUGGAAGACCAAGAUGGAGGAAACCACCAUGACCUCGCACCAGAACCAGAACCAGAACCAGAGUCCGCUGCAGGAGGGCAGCGGCAGGACGGACAGGCUGGAGAGGACGGACGAAGCAGAGUCCAGCAUCUCCUCCACCAGCAACGAGCAGGUCCGACAGCUCAAAGGCAGCACAGAGCCCAAAGCCAAGAAAAGCCGUCGCUCUCAAAAUGAAAUGGUGCAGCCCAAAGAAGAAGCCAGUCGCGUGCUGCCGUGCUCGUCCCUCCACCAGGACCCGGAGCCCGAGGUGGAGGCGGUGAGCUCCAGCCAGGAGAUCCCGGUGUCCUCGGCGCCGCCGCAGCCCGAGAGGCUGUCGGUGUCCACGCAGACCAAGAAGGCCGGCGGGGGGUCGCCGCGCACGCUGCACCGCGGCACGCAGACCAGCAGCGACGGCACCUGCCAGAACAUGUGCCACGAGAAGUACACCAAGGUCUUCAACGACGUCAAGGAGAUGAUGAAGGCCGACAACAAGCGUGAGACGGAGAGGGUGGUCCGGGAGGCCCUGGAGAAGCUGCGGGCCGAGAUGGAGGAGGAGAAGCGGCAGGCGGUGAGCAAGGCGGUGGCCGGAGCUCAGGCGGAGAUGGAGCGGAAGUGUAAGCAGGUGAAGGAGAAGUGCAAAGAGGAGCUGGUGGAGGAGGUGAAGAAGGUGGUGGCCCAAAACAAACAGCUGAUGUCCCAGACCAAGAAGAAGCAGUGGUGCUAUAACUGUGAGGAGGAGGCCAUGUAUCACUGCUGCUGGAACACCUCGUACUGCUCCAUCAAGUGUCAGCAGGAGCACUGGCACGCCGACCACAAACGGACCUGCCGCCGGAAGAGAUGAACAAGCCCCUCCCCCCCCACCCACCCCCUCUCUUUUUGACCUUACACGGCACGCCAUUGGCUCUCGCCCUCUCCUCCUCCUGUCAGUCAGUGUACAAAACAAACACACACACACACACACACACACAACUCGAGAACUUUGUUGACCCGGCGUUUUCAGCGUAAAAAGAGCGAUUUGUUACCUUUGUAUUUUGCUUUCUUAUUAUUUAAUAUACCCACUGUACUGAUUUCUAUAUUAUUAUUGUUGUUGUUGUUUUCCUCCUGAACAGAUAACAGCUCAAGAGUUCUGGUAUGAUUUUUGUAUCGUUUUCUUUUUUCUGAAGUGCUAACUGUUAUUUAAGAGCGUCGACUGAAGACAUUUUAUUACCCGAAUUUAUAAACAAAUGUUUCUCUAAAAGCAACAAAUACACAAACAACUCGAAGUACUAACCCGUCAUCAAACUAGGAAACCUGUCAAAACGUUGUGGGCGACGUGGCCCACGUGUUAGUAUAUUUUUGGGGGGGCGGCGUCGUGUCUCACCUUUUUAAUCGUUUCUACCUAAAAAGUCACUUAUUGGGAACAGGGUCAGAGCGCCGGCGCCAAGAACAAAGCCGCCAGAAUACGCUUUCCUUUAUUAUAAUUAUAUUACAACGCCUUUCUCUUUAAAGACUCAUUUUUAUGAAUUAGAUAUUAAAAGGAAAACGUUUUCCGUUGGUUCUUUGCACACCGAUGCCUGUGAUAUCGCCAAAAAAAUGAAGGUCCCCUUUUUUUUCCGUUUGAAGCUUCCUGAAAACACCUGGGGGGGGCGGUCGUCCCUCCCCCGCGUCCUGCUCCCACCUCAAACUGACACAGAUAUCUUUACAAGCGUCAGGAGGAAAGUAAUCAUUGUUGGGAUCCAUCCGAGUUGGACUUUUGGACGGUGAUUGCAGUCUGAGAAGGGAAAGAGCUCUCGCUCGAGUCACUUAUUGAUUAUUGAGACUAAAGAUCCCCUCUGACAGGCUUGUUUGUUGUUGUUGUUGCGAUGCACCUUUUGGCCACUGGAGGCAGACGUGCACCACCACCGUGGUCCAAACCGACACGGUUUCUCAAGUGACGUGUUUUCCUUUUAUAAAACCUGGUCUGUGCUCCGUGCUUUUUCUUUUUUCGCUCUCUUGCUCCCCACUAAGGCGACGUGCAUGUUGAUGGUUUCAUAGUUUUGUCCUCUUUUUGAAAAAAAGGUUUUCUUUUUCUUCCAUUACAAAAAAAGAUAAAAAGGGGUAAAAAAAAAAGAGGCGGAGCUCGCUGGUGUUUUAACGGGCGACGGCGGAUGGACCAAUAUAAAACAAUAUGCAAGAUGUGAACGAUCAAGUGGAACUUUUCUACGGCUUUGCCUGCACUCGCUGUUGAGUCUCGAUGGUGUGAAAAAAUACGGUGCUUGGAAUUGCUUUUUAUUUUUUAAAGUGGCGAUAAAAUCGCCGGCUUUUCAUUUUCCUUUUGGAGAAGUGAGACACUUUUAAAGUUUGUCCACUGCUUCGUCGGUGAUGACGGUUUCAGCUCCGUGUGCAGACGCCCCCCCACCCUCCCCUCAGACCCCUCCCACGCACAUUGCUGUUGAAUCAAUCUGUGCGUCUUUUUAACGUGUGACAAAUAAAAUACCGUAAAUUCUCAGAGUGGGCGGGACGUUUUUUUAUCCACUUCAACUAAACAAAGACCUAUUUUUUUAAUCAUCUUGCUUCUUUUUGCUGUAAAUGAAAGUUUAAAAGCUUCAUGUGCAAAUACCACAGGACAUCAAUACGUAGUAUUUGUACAAUGUGUACUACAUAUUAAUUGACCUGGUGAAAAGGUACAGUUACUCAGUGUUUUUCAAUGUACUCGUGUAUUUAUGUUGGACGUACCUUGUGAUCACUUCAUGCUGAUGUUUUUGUUUUGCAGAGAGGAAAUCUGAACGUUUUAUGCCGUCCGUGCAAACAAAUAACAUUCAAAGUGUGACUUUCUAACCCGACUGGCCAUUAACCUCAAUGUGAAACUCUUUCUUCAAAACUUAAGUCGGUCCGAGAUGUUCUUUGUUUCACGUUGGAGCUGAUCACUUUCAUUAUUGAUCGCUGCAUCUGGUUUGUUUUUAUUCGUGUGUUCACUGCUGGGUGCUCGCUUUGUCCACUCAACAGCAAAUAAUAUUCAGUUUUACAUUGAUAUAAAAUGGCAAAGUGCAAGUUUUGAGAAGCUGAAAAAUCUGAUAUUAAUAUCCUAAAGCGUUCCACUUUGAGAGAAUUUAGGGCCUUCAAAGCUUGUCACCUACUCGUCGCCAUAGCAACUCAUUUAAGUGUAUCACUUUAAGAUGUAACAUGUUGCUGUACAGUUUGACCUGUUCUCAUCCUUCAAAAGUUCUGUAGUCGUGGCCGAUGCACUACGUGUAAAUAAGCUCCUCCCUCCUCACACUUUAAAUGUAUUCACGAAUACUCGACCUGAUCUGGACGACUGUUGUUCUAGUUUUGUACAAUGUACAACCGUUACUCCGAGGCUUUUAAUCCCUUAUUUUAGAAGCAGAUUGAUCCGAACAUUUCAAGGCGUCGGAUGCAAAGCAUCAACUAACCUUGUUCUCUGCGAGGGGACGUUUGUUUUCACUGUUUUUAUAUUCGUCCAUCCAGAUGUAAAAAAACGAUUUCAGAGUGAAGAGUUUUUGAUGUCAUUCCAGUCUGUAUCUUGUUUUGUUUCUAAUCUGCAUGAGUAACGGCGUAUUAUUCCCUUUUCUUUUGUUUCUCCUCAUGUGAAAUAGAAAAAGACCUGGUUGUGCUCCCUCAGAGUAAAGCAAUAUGACAUCAUACGCGGCCCUCCCGCUCUUCUUACUCCAGAGUAUUGUAGUACAAAGUUCUCUAAGUAAGGAUUCGACUUUCCUCUCGUGGGUCUUCUGUCCAUAUGUAAACUAUUCAUUGUGGCUUAACAUUCUCUUUUUUUAACGCUUUAGCUAGCGAUAUGUAUAUAAAUAUAUAUAUGUGCUAACAUGGAGGAAAUAAAUGUAUCAACAAGUUA